AUGUCCCUCUCCCCCCCAAUGCCCCCCUUCAACUCCACCGACCCAACCGCCUCCUUCCUCUCCUCCUCUGCCCUCGACUUCCUCCUCAUCGAGCUCGUCCCGCUCGCUCAGCGCGUAACCUCCCAGCGCGACUUUCCUUCUUCCUCUCCGGCUACUCAGAACCCCGACGGCGUCACAUCCUCUUCGCAUCAUCGCAAAUCCGAUUCCGCUGCCGCUGCGCAUCAUCCGCCGGCCGCCGAUUCUCCAAAGCGAAUAGACGACGAAGAGCACCUCGAUGCGGUGCACUUGAGACUCGAGUCGCAGGGCUAUCGCGUUGGCCAGGGUCUUGUAGAAAGAUUCUCCCGCGACCGCCCCCGCUUCAACGACACUCUCGACGUCAUAAAGUUCCUCUGCAAAGACCUCUGGUCUCUCGUCUUCGGCAAAAACAUUGACAACCUCAAGACAAACCACCGCGGAGUCUACGUCCUCACCGACAACGCCUUCCGCCCAUUCUCCCGCAUGAGCACAGAAACCGGCAGCCAAGCUGUCCUCCGCGCACAGCCUUUCCUAUGGUUUCCCUGCGGCAUCAUUCGCGGCGCUCUGGCUGCCCUGGGUAUCAGCGCCACCGUCCAAGCCGAGGUCAACGAGCUACCAGCAGCUAUAUUCCAAAUCAAGACCAUCGCCGCCAAGCCAUAA